UCUUUCGCCUUCCCUCUCUCGCAUUCUUCGCUUCUCCCUCUCUCCUUGCCUUUCCCUGCUUCCCCUCCCUCCCCCUUUUUUCCAUUUGGUGGCUACACAGACCAUUCCAGCCCCUGAACUCCCGGCACUAGAUUAAAGUGUAAUACUGAGCUGUGGAAGGACGCGAGGCAAUGGCGAGGCAGCUGAGCUCCUGUAUUUCACAUUUAGCCUUACUUUGGGCGCUGAGAGUGUCUUUCCUUGCCAGAUGGAACUGAUCUGACUUCCGACAAGUCUCAGAAGCAGCUAAACUGUCUUCUCCAGUAAUAAGGCCUGGAGUCAUCAUGGCAGCAGGAGUAGCAGCAUGGUUGCCCUUUGCCAGGGCAGCUGCCAUAGGAUGGAUGCCGGUGGCCAACUGUCCUAUGCCACUGGCUCCAACGGAGAAAAACAAGAGGCAGGAUGAGCUGAUCAUUCUCAAUGUGAGUGGAAGGCGUUUCCAGACCUGGAGGACUACACUUGAGAGAUACCCCGACACUCUCCUGGGCAGCACCGAGAAGGAGUUCUUCUUCAAUGAAGACACUAAGGAGUACUUCUUUGACCGGGACCCUGAAGUCUUUAGGUGCAUCUUAAAUUUUUAUAGAACUGGCAAGCUGCACUAUCCAAGGUAUGAGUGCAUUUCUGCUUACGACGAAGAGCUUGCCUUUUAUGGGAUCCUCCCUGAAAUCAUCGGGGACUGCUGCUAUGAAGAGUACAAAGACAGAAAGCGGGAAAACGCAGAGCGGCUGAUGGAUGACAAUGACUCAGAAAACAACCAAGAAGGGUCCAUGCCAUCGCUGAGCUUCCGGCAGACCAUGUGGCGAGCCUUCGAGAACCCCCACACCAGCACCUUAGCCUUAGUCUUUUACUACGUCACCGGUUUCUUUAUUGCUGUCUCUGUGAUCACUAAUGUUGUGGAAACUGUCCCUUGCGGCACGGUGCCUGGAAACAAGGAGCUUUCAUGUGGGGAGAGAUAUGCUGUGGCUUUCUUUUGCUUAGACACAGCUUGUGUGAUGAUUUUCACAGUUGAGUAUCUGUUGAGACUCUUUGCGGCCCCAAGUCGCUACAGAUUCAUCAGAAGCGUGAUGAGCAUCAUUGAUGUGGUGGCCAUCAUGCCAUACUACAUUGGCUUGGUGAUGACCAACAAUGAGGACGUCAGCGGAGCCUUUGUGACACUAAGGGUUUUUAGGGUUUUCAGGAUUUUCAAGUUUUCUCGCCACUCCCAAGGCUUAAGAAUCUUGGGCUACACUUUGAAGAGCUGUGCCUCUGAGCUUGGCUUUCUCCUCUUUUCCCUCACUAUGGCAAUCAUCAUCUUUGCAACUGUGAUGUUUUAUGCAGAGAAAGGAUCCUCAGCUAGCAAAUUCACCAGUAUUCCUGCUUCCUUUUGGUACACUAUUGUAACCAUGACAACACUCGGCUAUGGUGACAUGGUGCCCAAGACAAUUGCUGGGAAGAUAUUUGGCUCCAUUUGCUCCCUGAGCGGGGUGCUGGUCAUUGCUCUGCCGGUUCCAGUCAUUGUUUCCAACUUCAGCCGUAUUUACCACCAGAACCAGAGAGCAGACAAGCGGAGAGCUCAGAAGAAAGCUCGACUGGCAAGGAUUCGAGUGGCCAAAACGGGUAGUUCCAACGCUUAUCUUCACAGCAAGCGCAACGGCCUCCUGAAUGAAGCCUUGGAGCUGACGGGAUCUACUGAAGAUGAGCAGCACAUGACUAAAGGCACCUCCUUAAUUGAAAGCCAACAUCACCACCUGCUGCACUGCCUGGAAAAAACAACUGGAUUGUCCUAUCUUGUGGAUGAUCCCCUGUUAUCUGUACGAACUUCCACCAUCAAGAACCAUGAGUUCAUAGAUGAGCAGCUGUUCGAACAAAACUGCAUGGAGAGCUCAAUGCAAAACUACCCAUCUUCUCGGAGCCCCUCCUUGUCAAGUCACCAUGGUUUGACCACCUCCUGCUGUUCUCGCCGUAACAAGAAGACCACUCACCUCCCCAACUCCAGUGUGCCAGCCACUCGCCUGCGGAGUAUGCAGGAGCUCAGCACUAUCCACAUCCAGUGCAGUGAGCAGCCCUCACUUACAACAAGUCGUUCCAGUCUCAACAUGAAGUCAGAUGAUGGGCUGCGACCGAACUGCAAAACUGCGCAGAUAACUACAGCCAUCAUCAGCAUCCCCACACCACCGGCACUAACGCCAGAAGGCGAGAGUAGGCCUCCACCCAACAGCCCUGGCCAUUCCACGAACAUUUCUACCACUACCACAAGCAACAUAGUCAAGGUCUCUGCCUUGUAAGAUGUCUCAUGCACAGAAAGAGGCUGAAAGACCAGUGUCCCUCUCCCUCCACACCUCCACGUUCCUUUUUUGCUGCAAAUUGUGCCUGGACGGACCAACCUGACAUUUUGUCAUUGAAUUAGCAAUGGAGACCUAACAAGGCAGCUUUCUUCAGACUCGCAUUCAUGCUGUGGACUGAGGAAGGAUUAGGAGGAGGAAGAGGCUGGUUAAAGGAAAAAUCUGCAUGGAGAGGGUGUUGUGCCACAGUACGGAGCAGAAAUUGCCUGUGGAGGCUGGAGAGAAAGAAUCAUCAUGGCAACAAGAGAGUCAAUAAAGAAAACAGAAAUAUAACACUGUGUAUCGCAGCACCUUUUUAAAGGUUUUUAAUGGAUAAUAUUUAUUCAUGAGGAAAUGACUGAAAAAGGUGAAAAACAAUGGAUUUUGUGAAUUUUUUUUCUUCAUGGAGCAGAACCUUUAAACCAACCAAAAUUUCACAUUUUUUUCUUUUAUAGGAAAAGAUUUAGACAAAGAAGCCACCUGUCACAGAAAUCUGUUUCCAUUCCCCUGUGUGUGUGCGUGUGCGAGUGUGCAACAGAACCACAUCAGAGCAACACUGAAUUACAAAGAAUAGAGCAUAUUUUCAUGAUUGAGUGCACAGUAGGAAAAUGCAAGCAUGUGUCAGCGCAUAUGUGUGCACACGCACACACACACACAACUAUUUCACCCUGGAUGGCAUUCUUUAUUUAGACAAUUUUGUAUCCGCCUUUUAAGUCAAUACAGUGCAAUUGCAAACAGUGUGUUUGUCUGCUAAUUAUUGUCUGUGAAAACAUAUUUGUGGAAAAAAAAAGACAGGCUUUAGUAGAGUUUUAGUCCCUCAUGGAUAUCUGCUUUCUAUUUUUGUUAUCACUUACUUGUAAGACUGUGACUAGACUAUCAGUUCUGUAUUUUUAAAAAGGAAAAAAAGUAGGAUUCUUUUUUAAUACUGUACACAAAAAUGGUAAAGAAUGAGAAAGCACUGAACUCAGCUACAACAAGCAUUCAUAAGUCUGACAGAUGUUCUCUGUAACAUAUGCCCAUGCCUUUUUGUUUUUGUUUUCUAUCCAUGAAUUUCUUUGCUAGCGUUGGACAUACAACCCAUUGUAAAUAGUAGCCAAAUAACGUCUGGAUCUAUAUUUGGUAAUAAUUAACCCUAGAGCCAAAUACCUUGCAUGGACAGCGAAGAAUUUGGCUUUUUCACAGUCCUGGGGCUCCAGUUGUCUCAUCAAUGGCUUCUGGGUUGCACUGAUUUUGGGGGUAGACUAGAUUAGUAAUUUUAGUUCUCCAGUCCUAGCACAGGAUCUACAGUGUGCAUCCACCUGAGAAGGGGGAGCAGUACUGGAGUCUGGAAAACAUUUGAUAAGGUGUGGUACAGACAGCAUUUUCUUUUUUCAGUUUACACAUUGAUUUUGGGAAAAGUCACACAUUUCUAGUAAACCAAAACCUGUAAGUAACACUGUGGUACUGCCAGGAAGCUAGUCCUUCUAACUAGGCUGUGGUCAGUCCUACCACUCUUUCUGAAAUCUUCCUAGGAACAAUCCAUUGUCAGGAAAGACAAAGUCCUGAAACGUAACUGAUUUUUCCCCUCUAAGAAGAAUAAUCUUUUUCUUCCAUUCUGCCUCUCUCAAGUCCCCUUCUCAUUACAGAUGCAAUCCACAACGGGCACAGAGUGAUGAACAAUGUCACCCACCUCUUGCUUCCAGAGCCUCUCACAUCAUAUAUACUGUCCGGCUAAUUAUUGUGGUCACACACAAAUGCCCGUUCAAGACUCUGUUGUGCUAGGCCCUACACACCCCUGUGAAAAGCUUUGAACCUUGCCUCCAGGAGCUUGCAAUGGAAUAGAUAAUAAGGAAACGUUUGAAGUGUCCCUUUUCUGAACAGGGAUUUACCAACACUACACAACUAACAAUUACUCAAAGCUUGUUUGAGACUGAUUCAGCAAGGGGAUGACUUUUUUGUUAACAUCUUUCAUAAUCUAUCCUGAUGUAAUAUUUAUAUAUGCACAAACACAUAUAAACACACACACACGUAUAGAUAAAUAAAUGCACAUGCUGACUUAAACAUAUGAGCUAGCAAUCUGCUUUGUUAGCAUUCUGAACGUAGUAGUCUAUAAAAUGGACUCAAAAGCUGAUGUACUAACUCAAUACCUUCCUUAGAACCCUACAACAUUCUAGAAACAUUAGGGCUAUGGCUAAGCCUUCAGUAGCUGCACCAGCUUAUACUCAUUUAUUCCAAUGCUAUACUAUGUUACCCAAAACUAUGUUUAGUCCUGUUUUAAAUGACUAAAAUACUCUGCCUUUGCUGCUUCCUGUAGGAGGUUAUUCUGCAGUUAAUCUUGCCAUUAUUGAGUUUUUCUUGAUGUUUAAUUUAGUCUUUCCUUUGCUCUAAGUUCAUUACUUGUCAUGAUAUCUGCUGCCCAUUUGAAAACCCUCAGCCUUAUAGAUCAGAGGCCUUGUUCUCCACCACCUUCCACCCUUCUUUACACUAGCAUAGAAUGAGGGGUAAAUGCUAUCAUGCUGGUACACCGUGUUCCUUCUAAUGCACAGGAUUAAGUGAUUACAAAGAGCCAGGGACUCAAAAUGGACUCUCAGUGCUGCCUUUCUUUUUCAUGAUUUACCGUGGAGUGGUAAACAAGCCACUUCAUCUCUCUGCGCCCAUGUCUCUAUCUGUAAAUAGCAAUCAUGGCAGCCCAUCUAAAGUACAUUUAGUGCAUUUUAUUACUAUCAAUCAAAACGCUUCCUGAAAGAAUUCAACAUUUUUAUGAGACAAAAGCAUAAAUAAGGAGGACAACCAAUCCUUAGGGCUUCUGGCUGGUUGGGAUCAGAUUGUCAGGGUAGCCCUGGUCUUUGUUUUGUCCCAGAGAAGAAGAAUCAUUUUUAUCCUUGCUCAAAAAUAUGUGGCUUGCCUCUUCUACCAUUAACUUAGCAGGUGCUGCCCCAUACAGUCACUGGCUCAGCACAGACUUUCAGAGGAUAAAGACAGAGAAAA